AUGAACUCUUGGCCUCACCCCGUCGUCUCAAUCAUCUCCCUCACCCAGCAGGUGACCUUGUAUUUCGGAUCACGUGCUGCGCCCUCCAGUGAAGUCGCUGGCAGUGUCAAGUUGCGCAACUCAGCAGGUGUGGAGACAGUUCAGAACUUUGAGCUGCAAUGUGCGCCUCCGGAGCCUCUGGAUCCUGCGCUGACGACCGCUGCACAGUGGGCAACAGCAAUCAUAGAUGGAUGCAGCUCUGGCGAGGCAAAAGGCCGGCUGAUUGGCGACAGCUCUUCCAAAAUCACUUGUUACAAGCACUACCCGGACAUCGAGGCUUUGGACUAUGAGGUGCGCAGCAACCUUCACUUCCUGGCUGUGGGGGAGACGAACGGUGCGGCUACUGACCUUGUCCCUUCUACGGCUGCAGGCUUAGUCAGGAGCUUCUGGGUGGUGCCCAUCGACGGAAUCUCAACUGGGUGGUGGGCUAUCAGUCAAGCUUUGGACGGACCGCAGCCCGUGGAGCCGUGUCCGGACUUGAUCAGGGGGAGGAGUUCUCGUGAGAUCUACCCCUGCUCCUUAGGGCUUUCUGGCCGUUGGUGGUGGUUCCAUCUUGCGCCUGCUGGUGCAGGCAAAGGCUGCAGUACUCCCGUCAACUCCAACAAGGGCCGAAAGUCUGAUAUCAAGAGCGACAACGUUGCGGCUUUCUGCUCCAGCGCCCCCGACGGCUUCCUUUGUCCCAUUGUGUGCAAGAACAGUCGGAGACCUGUGGGAGAGGUCCAGUGUGAGGAUGGUUCAUGGUCCAUCACAUUGAAGUGCCGACCUGAGGGCAAGGUCUGCUUAUCUGGCCCGUCACACGUGUAUGUCGAUAAGGAUGGGCAGAGUCUGCAGCUAUCCGGCAUAAUUCCAGAUGCGAGAUCAGAAUGUGAUCUUUUCACCCGAAGGGGAAAGAAGUGUGGAGCCCUCUGCGCCCCACGAGGCGAUGUCUCAACGGGGCAGGUCAAGUGCAGAAGAAGUGGCGGGAGCGCCGCAUGGGAGGCAUUGAGAAGCCUUGAUUGCCAACCGGCCAGCACGGACGGGCUGGUCAACCAGCCCAGGAUCUUUUCCUUCCAGCCUGGCAGCGGCAGCCUUCAGAUCAUAGCGGACCUGGUCAGGGAUCCAUCGAAAGUGUUGUCUCCAGUGGAGAUGUUUUAUUUCCGGGAUCCGACUGGCACAAUGACCUGCACCGCCGUGCAGAAUGUCCUGGAGUUGACAAGGAACAGCCAGAAUGAUGAGCCCGACGAGCCGGACUUGGACCAGGAGGAUGAUGCCGCAGAGGGCGGAUGGGACUCCUGUGAAGCCGACUCAGACUUUGAGCUCCAGAGCAGCCAGUGCUUCCCGGACAGCGCUGGGGGCAGCGAGUGGCUUGCCCAAAGUCCAAAGUUGAUCCUCGUCAAUUUGCAGGGAAGGCGCAUGCAGCAUUUGAAGUGGAAGGCAGAGGUUUGCUUCGCGAAGCCGCCGGAGGGCUUCUGUGUGAAAAAGGUCUGUGCCAUGCACGGCAACCAAAAGUCAUGCAGGUCAUACAACCCUCCGAGCUCUGCGCAAUUCUGCGCCGGGCAGGUGGAAAUCCAGGAGCCCAUCGACCACGUGGUGAUUCGCUACACUUGCUGCAACCCAAAUCUUGUGACUGUCGUGGGCAGCUGCGGUGGUGGCAUCUACAGUUCUGGACGAAGACUGCAAGGCGAUCCAAACGCCAACGUUCAGAUCAUGCCAGGUGCAGAGAAUCGUGCUGGCACCUCCUGGGGACUCCCUGCACUUGUAGCAUGUGCUCCGAUUUCCCUGGCCAAUGAGCUCAACAAAGAUCAAUACGAGAUUCCCGAGAAGUGUUCCCGGCUGAUGCCUGGGGAGAGCUGCGAAGUGGGCUGCAGCUCCAACUACAUCUUGCAAAGGAAACCGGACCAGGGGAUCUUCACAUGCGAUCUUGGGAUGGACAGGCCACCUACUGGCACCUUCCCCGAAUGUAAGCUGAAGCCGACUGGGCAGAACGUGGUUGCUGGGCUCAAUGCGGAGCAGGCGCCCACAACGACUACAACGACCAUACCAGCGCUCUGUCAGGCCUGUGCGGAUAUUGGUAACUUCAACGACGCGCGCUUCGAGCAGUGUCGGUUUUGGGGUGACCCGCACAUCACGAAGAGCUGGCGACCCAAGUCGCGUUUCAACUUCCAAGACACUGGCAUUCAUCGCUAUGCCCGCACAAACCAAUGUGCCGGCAACUUCGAGAUCCACGUCUUCCAGUGUCAGUACAACAACGGGAGGAAUGCAGUUGCCACAGGGUUUGCUGCCAGGAUGAAUGGGAACGAGACCAUUUUCAUCAGCGAUCGCCGCGUUGAAGCCAGUGGGGGCAUAUACGUAGAGCCAGACUCUGGGGCCAUCUUGAACGACAAGACUGGCGUGAAUGUGCAGAGUCAGGAUGAGUGUGUCUUCUUCAAUGUGAAUGUGAAGCACAUCACCAAGCAGCCGGGCUUCCUGCACAAUUUCAAGCUGAGUAUGUUGGCGGAGGACAUUACUGCGGAUGGCAUUUGUGGAGCUAUUGAUCUCAAGUCCCAGUACAUUGACCCGAACUCCUCGCAAAUGAUCUUCACGCCGCAGCAACACGAGUACCUGUGCAACCAGUGCAUGGGUGCAGGUGCCACUCCACCUCGUGGAUGCGUGCCGGACGCGAAUUCCCCAGCGCCGCCGCCAGCAGCAGGGAGCCUGCCACCAGGCUGCGAUUUCGUGGCGCCAUUGACCGGCACCGAUCAGGUGUGCACAACAGACGAUGACCCACGUUACUCCCAGCUGGAGGACAAUGGUCAGAAUUGUGUGGUUUAUGCUGUGCUCAGAAGGAGAAAGAGCUGCAAUGACUUCUGCCAGGAGAGGGGCAGCAUCUGUGUGGAUGCCAAGGACAACUAUAGACGGCCUUGCGUGUUUGACGAGGGCAAAUACCAGGCUGGAGUUCGGUGCUCCGGAAAGUCGCUGAAUGACCUCAUGUGUGUGUGUCGGAAGCCAGACAACCCGAACCCUGGCACGACGACCAUCGAAGCGUGCACAACCGGCGAUGUCACGCUUCAGCAGGCAGAGGCCCUCUGCAAAGCCAAUGACUUCCUCCAGGGUGCCGCCUGGCCCCCACGCUAUGAGGAGGCGGGGCUCGUGACCACCACAGAGCAGGAUGAGCUGGAUGACAUGCUCAAGGACUGCAUGAUCGACGCCUGCAGUGGAGGUGCGGAAGAUGCCGCCAUCUUGGCCCAGAACCUGGUUACGGAAAACCCGCAGGUACCGGUGCGGUCCUGCGCUUUUACUGAAGGGAGGCAAUACGAAGUGGGCAGUGGUGCGUAUCCCUGCAGCUGCGGAGGAGUGGAGUGCCAGAUUGGGGAGGUCUGUGUAAUCUCCAACGACACAGGCAGCUGCGAGCUCCUCACGACCACAGCAACGGUGACAACGUUUACGGUGACUUCUUCUGCGACGAGCACCAGCAGCACGGCAAGCACCUUCACAUCCUCUUCUACAACAAGGACACUGACACGCAGCUCUACCACGAGCCUCACGACCACCAGCCUGUCAACUUCCUCAACUUCCAGGACCUUGAGCAUCACUUCUACGACUUCACUCUCAGCAACCAGCACUACGUCAACAUCGACGACGUCCGGCACGUCAAGCUCUACCACAGCCACUGGAACCUCGACAACAACAGCUUCCAUCUCUAGUACUUCCACAUCUACGAGUAGGACGUCUAGCACCACAGAAACCAGCACGAGAAGCUCCACAAGCAAAACCACCUCUUCCACCUCCUCCGCAACCUCGACAGCAACCACCGCAACUGUCACCACGACAAGCUUUACAUCUACCCAAUCCCAGACCACAGUGACUUCGACUUCAAGCACCGCCACAUCUUUGACUGCGUCUUCCACCUCCUCUACAACGGCAAGCACUAGCACAACAACAGCGACAAGCACUUCCACGAUCACGGUGACGUCUUCAACCACGUCCAGCAGCAGCAGUGCAACUUCCAGCAGCUCCUCUUCAACAGCGACCUCAACAAGCAGCACCUCCACCACACGCACCUCCUCGUCGAGUUCUUCCUCGUCGAGUUCUUCCACCAUCACAUCUUCUACCUCGACCUCAUCCACAAGCACUACAAGCUCGAGCUCUUCCUCUUUAUCGUCCACGACGUCAACGACUGUAACAACGUCAAGCACCACGAGCACCGGCAGCACAACUUCUGCUACCUCGACAGUCACCACUAGUUCGACUUCCACCAGCACUUCAUCCACUUCAUUGACAUCGAGCAGCUCAACAAUGACAACCACAUCUGUCACACAGACCUUCACCACCAGCACCACGGCCACAAUCACGCAAACGUCCACAACGUCAGUGUCAUCAACCUCCAGCAGUGUAACGGGCACGACCAGCAGCAGCACAAGCAGCUCCACAACGGGAACUUCCACAUCGACCUCCCAAUCUUCUACCAGCUCAACGCUGUCAACCAGCACAUCCCUAACGGCCACCACAACUUCCAGGUCCUUUACCUCUUCAACGAAAACGACGCUGACAAACACAUUGACAGGAACCUCCAGCACGAUGACGGGUUCCAGCACCAGCACCACGUCUUUUACAGUCACUACUAGUGUGACCUCAACAUCAACUCGCUCAAUGACGGGAACGUCCACAACCAGUCGCACACAUAGUACCACUACCAGGACUGUCACAAGCACCUCAGCAAGCACGACGAGUUCCACCACCACAAUCACGGUUUCAACCACCUCCACCUCCGCGACGACUUCUACUUCGCGCACCAGGACUUCGUACACGACGUCAACAACAACAACGACUGCUACUGUUACCUUCGUCAACACGCUGGCGUGUGGCCCUUGGAAUCCCUCUGGCGGAGGUGUUGUUCUUGAAUGGGACGGUGGGGACCUGUCUGUGGAUCUCCUCAACGAUGGCAACGGCUGGGAGUGGAGGGUCGACAUGCGCAAGCAAGGGGAAGGAAAUGACUGGUUCUUUGUUGGUCACUGCUCAGACUUUGCGUUCACCCACUGCGAAGUGUGGUGUCUAGAGCCUGGAGCGACAUAUGAUGUUCGAGUUCAGCUGGCAUCAACAGUGCCAGAACUGAUGAUCUACGACAUCUUUCUGAGCGUGGUCCGCGUGCCGUACAUACGCGCAGGUAUGCCUGAGGACUUGAAGGUCAUGGAACCCACGUCCAGCUCACUACUGAUCUCCUGGAAUGCAUCAAGCCAGCAGGGAAACUGCACUUUUCGAGCCUGGCAAGUUGAGACCCGCGAUCCCAGUGGUGCCUGGACAAAGGACCCUCCUGCGUGCACGUCCCUGAGUUCCUUCGAGGAGCCUUCCUGUACGAUCAUCAACUUGCCCUGCCAAACGGCUCACAUCAUCCAGGUCCGUCAGCUCUGUUGGAACGAAGAGUCGACGUCGGAAUGGAGCCGGCCCAUUGCCGGAAGCACCUUAGUAGCAAUUGGGCCGAACUGCCUGCAAGCUGCCACCCUGCCAUCAAGCCUGGUCGCAACUUCUCCAGCCGAUGGACAGUUGGACAUGAGCUGGACAGCUGGAUCGCAGGAGGAUUCCCAGUUUAUCACGUGGAAUGUGGAGCUCUACAAGACGACAUUUGCCGGCGGACAACCCGACCCCGAGGCGGAGCAGCAGAUCGAUGGCGUGUGCCAAGGACUCCUCGAUCGCACGGUGACGACCUGCGAAAUUUCAGGUCUCAGCUGGGGGAUGUACAGCUUUGCCGUCCAGGAAGUCAGUGCUCUGCCUGCAACUAGCUCGCCUCUCAGCGCUAUCAGCGGCGCGACCUGGGUUGCCCGGAUUCCGGCUCUUGCGCCGACGGCAGUCGCCUUUGGCGAAGCCACCCAGACCAGCUUGCAAGUAUCCUGGACCAACAGCCCACUGAAGGAUUGCAUCUUCCAGCGUCUUGUUGUGGAGAUUGCAGCGAACGGCAGCGAUUUUGUGACACCGGCUGGCUGCAACUCUAUCACGGACUUGGCCACCACGACCUGUGUGGCAACAGGCUUGCAGUCUUGGACCACCUACACAGCGCGGGUCGCCGUGCUUUGUGACGAGUGUAGCGAGACACCGACCGCCGAGCGGGCGCCUUGUAGCCCGGAGGACGGCCCCGAUGAUCGCUGCUUGAUCCCGGUGGCUGGUGGCUUUACGCAAUGCUUCCAUAAGUUGGCGGCCUUCAGGGCUUCGAGCAACUACUCCGCGCCGAGCCAGCCAGCAACGACAUUGCCAAGGCGAGAGGCAACAGUGCUUUCCGGGACAGUGCAGGUGCCGGCCGACUCUGGUCAGCGCGUGACGCUCGAGUGGGUUCCAGGUGUGGGCUCAGCGGGCAGCCCUAACAUCACCUCAGACUGCACCUUCCAAUCCUGGUUGGUUGAAAUUCAGAUCCAGAGCGAAAGCGUCUGGGCCAAGCCGGAGGGGUGCUUAGACCUCACGGAUCCAAUGGUCACGACUUGUACGGCCAUAAACCUUCAAUGUGACACGGCCUACAACGCUCGGGUACAAGCGACCUGUACGUCGCCCCCGGCGAGCAGUGAUUGGUUUGCCUUCCCAGCCUUCCGCACGGCUUACGCUGGCAAUUGUUUGCGGCCGGCAUCGCCUCCAUUGCUGAUCCGCAACACGAGCCGCACUGCAACCAGCAUCACCGUGGGGUUCAUCGCCGGGUCACCCGGGGACUGCGUGUUUGACCGGUUCGAGCUGACGUACCGGGAGACGAGUGCUUCAACAUGGACACUGGCGCCGGCUACCUGCGGCUCCCUUGCCGUACGGCUCGGUCCCAGCUGCACCAUUUCUAAUCUGGUCCAGGACACGGCGUACGUCUUCUCGGCCCGGGAGCUCUGUACGAACGGCGCGCCCUUGGCCUCACCUUGGGGAUUGACUGAGGAGGCUAUCUGGACGGACUUGGUGCCAGCCGUCCAGGCACCAUCCUUCCUGGACCCCAAUGGCUUCAUCUCACCGUCAGAGCCGCCAACUAGGCUCAUAGUCAUCUUCGAGGUGGACCUAUUGCUCGGGGAUCCGAGCACCACGUUAAGUUUGUGUCCAAUGCUGUUGCCAAGCGCAACGCCCGAAGAUCCUGGCAUCUGCAACUGCGGCUCUGCGGAAGAUUGCGCCGCCCUAUGCCUCACGCAAGUGAACAUGCAAGUGGAGCUCUUGAGCUCCCGAGUGCUCAUGGCCCAGUUUGGAUCCCUGCUCCGCCCGCUGACGGGGUGCCCCUACAUGGCGCUCAUGGAGGCAGGGUUUCUGCAGACGCAGCUGGCUCCCAGCCGUCCUUCGCCAAGGACCGAGUGGAGCUUCAUCUAUUGGCCGCCCGUACCCAGCGGCACUCUGAGCUUGUUCAGCAGCACGGUAACUUCGCUCACCGUUCGGGUCUCCUGGAGCGUUCCAAUGACGACGACCUGCGGAGUUCUAGUUGGCUCCAGCACAAUGCAGCAGACCGACCCUCUCGACUUUACGGGAAGUCGAGAGUUCCUCGAGGUUCGAAUCACUGGCCUCGUGCCUUUCACACAGUACACCGUCAUUUGUACAGGCAGUGCCAUUGGCGACCCUGUGGUGACUGCCACUGUGUCAGAAAGCGGGUUAUCGACCGCGCCGGACACCAACGAUCGACUCUCUAACAUCAUCGUCAGUGUCCAGGCCAUAUGCACUGUCGUCACCACCGUGAACAACUCCACGAAUAUUUCCGUCGCGAACGUUUCCCAAACGCUUGUUCCCGUCGUGGCUGCCUUUACCCCAGUGUUUGAUCCUCUUGUUCGCCAUUACCAGCUGGUCUUGGAUGCUGAGGAUGUCCGCGACCUGUGCACCGAGCCCGAGGUUGAAGCCCUCUUCAGGAUCGAGGUGGGUGCCGUCACGCAGAGCGCCUUUGCCACUGCAUCUGUUGACCAACCUGUUCAAAUCUUGGUCCAGCCACUUCCGGACGCGACCGGUUUCCUUCCACCUGAAGUGCCGCGGAGUCGCUUCAGCCAGGUGCGGCUCGUUGUGGAACCGCCACAGCAGGGACAAACCUUGCCGCAAGACUACAUCUUGGAUGUGGUGGUAGGCGUUCUGGAUGUCCGCUUGGAGUCGGCUGGCAUACCGACACUCCUCUUAGCCGACGCGUCGUCUUCGGCGGAGUUUGUCAUCUCAGCACCGCGUGGUCUGGAGGCUUCCAGCCUGGGGCUUCGCAUCGGUCCUUUCCCGCAGCUUUUGGCCCUCGUGGCUGCGGAGAACUACACUGAGAAUCUCCUUGAAAGGACCCGCUACAACUUCAGCGCCGCCAACCUGGUUGGGCUGGGCAGUCAGCUAACCAUCAUGAUACUGGUGCAGCCACCACCUGGGAGCAACUUCCCGACACUUGAAGUGCGCACCAUCUUCGUGGUCAGCUUUCAGCAGCCAGUGGUGACCUCGAUUGAAACCAACAUGAUCAACAACAGCGUCUCCCUGGUGCAAACCACCGUGAUCACUGUGGUGGGGACCCACCUGGCUGUCCCAGAGCAAUUCACUACUGAACCUUUGAGCGUCGAGAUCUUCGUAGCUGGUGUACCAGCAAACUGCACAACUUCCGACUGCCAAGAGCCUGCGCUGCAAGCCCUUCUAGACGCCGGAGAGACGAGUCUCUGUUCGGACCUCGGGGUGGUGUCCACGGGUACCUGUACCUGCAGCAUGGAGCCCACAGCCCACGCACAGCUUGCCAUUUGCCUCGUCCUUCGGACUGGCUUCUUCGCUGGCCGGUACUGCGCGGCCUUUGGGCCUCCGGGAUCCCUUCAGCCCGGCCAGCCUGCGGUUGGAGGCCUGUCGCAGCCAGUCCAGGACAUGUCGUCCUCGGAGCCCUUCAUAGUGCUUGUGGAUGGUGACCUUCCCUGGGACAACGUGUCACAAGGAUACCUCCAGGUGUGGGCGACGCCUUUGUCCGAAGUACCUGCGGAUGUCUCAAAUCCAGGCAGUGGCUAUCAGCCGCUUUGCUCCCAGGCGGUCCGCACGGACAACAACACCAUCCAAUGCUUCCGAACUCAGAACUUCAACGUCUCGCAGCUCGGAAGUCAGUCGAACGUCUAUGUGCAGAGUGGGCCAGAUGCCACCUCGACAAAUCUUGUUCAGGGGGCGCUUCAAAUCAAUCAGCCUCGCAUCUUCCAGAUCACUCGAAGCCAUGAGUUCGAAGUGGGUGCUCUUGAAGUCACCAUCCAGGGGGAGCACUUUGGCACUGAAGCGAAUGGCAACAUGGUUGUGCAGCUGGAGACCUUUGGGUCAAACACACAGGCGGUGCCGGAUCUGUCCCUUGCCGAAGACCUCGGGCAGACGACUCAUUUUGUGAAUUGCCAGAUCAUCGACCACCAGGACAAGGAGGUGCGUUGUCGCGUUGAGGAUCAAAGUCUUUUCGGUGCCGAGGUUUCAGGUGAAUACUACAAUGAGACCAUUGAAGUGGACGAGGGCCGCCGUCUGCAGGAAGGACAGCCUUUGGACCUGGACAGGUUGGCUCUGCAGCUGUCACAGCUGCCUGUGGCCUUUUCGGUGUUUUAUGAGCUGGACUGCAGCAUCCUGCAAAGGCUCAAUGAGACAUGCGGCAGCCGUCCUCAGAAUUUAUCUGCCCUGGCGAGGGAAUGGCAAGCCGUCCGACUGAAGCCUUGCCCCGCCGGGGAACGGCGAAGCAGCUACACGGGCACCGAUUGCAUCCAAUGUGUCCCGGGCAAGUUUAAAAGUGGUGUGGGCCCGGCGUUGACGUGCAACACCUGUGAGAUCGGCUUCUAUAUGGGUCUCUUUGGUGCAGGUGCAUGCACGGUGUGUCCAGAGCAUGAGACAACCAACAUCACGGGUGCUACCAGCGUAAGCUCAUGCGACUGUGUGCCUGGCUACUUCCGCACCAACAGCGGGGCCGAUUGGGAGCUCGCAAGCAACCAUGGCGUUUGUCGGGCCUGUCCAGCCGGGGCCAUUUGUGAGGGUGGGCCGAUGCUGCCAUACUCCGCGUCUGGGUACUGGACACCGGACAGGCUCAUCUUCUGGCCCUGCUUUCCGUACCACGCAUGCCUUCAAGGAGAUGCGCUGGAUCCGAACCGCUGCGAAGAAUCUCGCGAUCCCGCGUCCGUCCGGUGCGGGCAAUGCCACGCCGAUGCCUUUGCGCAUCUAAGUGAGUGCCACAUGUGCGGCAACCUGGACCAUGCGAUCUCUUGGGCGGGACCCUUCCUGGGUGUCAUAUUUCUGGUCUUUGGCUUUUUGCCGGCCUUGAUCCGCUCACUUCGAUCAAUGGACAUGGACCACACAAAGAUCCAGCAUCGACUGCUCGACUCGCACUCAUCAUGGCUAGGUCGCCUUGCAGAGUCUGAUCAUGGCGAGUUCCGCAUGGUCAUCGUCAUGUUGACUUCUUUGCAGACGCUGUGGACUGUCUCCCUGAUGCCGCUUCCCUACACGCGAUUCACGAAAGACUGGCUUUGGACGAUGGGCAUUGUGGCAGCCGACAUGUCCAUCCUCCGGCCUCAAUGUGCCUUCAGGCUCUCCUACUUGGCGAAGUGGCUUCUGCAGUGGGCGACAUUCUUCAUAGUCGUGGUGGUGCUGAGCUUCGGCAUGCUGGUCUAUUGCCAGUGCCAUAAGAACCGGCUGAAAGACGUCGGAUACAUCAGCCCAAAGCGCGGCCUUCUGGGCGUAACAUCUGUCACGAUGAUGCUGUUUCUACUGGUUCAUCUUCGUGAUGAUCUGGUCUUCCUUGGCUGUGUCCCGUGCGAGCAUGACAAGUUCUGUCUUGCCUUCCAGCCUGUCAUUGAGUGUGCCGGGACAAACUGGGAGUGGGUGACCAUGAUGGUCCUGUCCAUCUUGGACCUGAUCUUCAUUAUCCUGCUCUCGGUGCCGGUGAUAGCCCUCUGCAUCUAUGCCUCCUGGAAGUGGCAGCACGGGAAAUUUCGGGGCUUGGCGGACGACUUUAGUGCUCCUUGGUACGUGUUCUUUUCAGAGUUCUGGGUGAAGCGACACCGGGGCUACAUCCAAGAAGUCCGAGAGGCUGUGCCAGAGUUUCAGAAGCUCUUUCUGAAUGACGACAUGGCUGCGGCUUCAUCCAAGGAGGUGUGGCACAGGGCCAUCGACCUCAUACUAGCGCAGGAGGCUGAAAAGGCCGAUGCAUUGUUGCUGCGGGUCAUCUCGCACAUGUACACGCACAGCGAGCGCUUCAAGAUGAUUGAUGAAGAUGAAGGUCCUGCCUGGGAAAUCAUCCGCUCCAUCAGGGGUGCCAUCCGGGACAGAGCGACACGCAGUACAAUGCUCAAGGUCCGCGCAGAGACUUCUUCUCGCAGCGGUGUGACCUCCGAGGUGCGCGCUGACCGCCCUGUGCCCCCUGAGACAGAAGCUGCUAUGGCACAAGUGGCGACGGACCGGCUGAACCCCAUGGAGGAGGCUGCACAGGUUCAACAAGUAUGCCCUGAUGAGCCAGUUGAUGCGCCCGACGUGGACAAGUUGAAGGUGUCAGAUGUUCACCAUGUGAAGCUCACGCUCGACAACCUGCUCGACUAUGCGAGGUGGUCGGUACCUGGUGCCCGCGCCAUCAAGCGAGUGUUGUCUUACAGUUGGACUGUCAUCCUCCUCAUUGCCAGAUUCGUGAUCACAAUCUACGCCAUGCUGAUGCGACGAGAUCAAUCAGAGGUGCCAUUGGUUUACCUCCUCGUCACACUGGCGUAUGUAAUCCUCGGCGCGAGUUUGCAGCCCUAUGUCUGGGCGUUCCUGAACGACUGGGAAGUUGCUGUUCACGCUCUGAUUUACGUGUUUCUCGUGUUCGUGAUUUCUGGCUGGUCCGACAUCGCCAGUGACGUGCUGGUGGUCGUAGCCACCAUGUCAGCCAUUGUGCCCGUCGUACUUCGUGUCACGGUCAUCUUGUACGGGCAGGAAAAGGAAGACCCGGACGAAGAUCCCACCGUCACACAGGGCUCUGCCACCUACAACCUCGAUCGCUUGGGGCUGUCUGAAGGAACUAGCCUUUCACGGGCUUCCUCUGCUGUCGGCCCAAGGUCAACCGGAAGAUCCAUCCAAGACGCCGGCCGCCACAGGGAGCAUGUCCGGAACUACAUCGAGUUGGUUAAGCGGCAGAAGUUUAGCAUUGUCGAGUCCACGGUCGAUGACGACGGGCAGGAAGUUGCUCGUGCCAGCAGCACGCAGGCUCCAGCACGAGCCACAGGUGCUGGAAUAACCGAUGGGCUCGACUGGGGCGGAAACACGGAUAGCCGUACGAGAUCACGCACCAGCGAUCACGCUGAAGGACGCAGCACCGCCGAUCUACCAGACCCGCUCAGCUCCUACUCUAUGUAA